AAACAAAUAGGUUUGUGCGACUGAUGAUUACUUCGAUUUGAACGAAGAUGAAGGGAUAAGAUAUGGCACGAAUCCAACAGCGAAAUAUCAAGGACAGUCCGUGAAAAUGUAUUGCUGGAGAAAAUUGCUUUUAUCUUCUCUCGUCCCUGAGAAAGAAACGGAGAGAGGGAACGGGUUAACGUGGAUGACUCAACAUCCGAGAUCUGGGGGUCCCGAUUUUCAGUGAACAACAUGGAACUGAACCGGUUGCACCUCUUUGCUCUCCUCCUUUCUGCAAUUUGUGUAAUCAGUGUGAAAUCUUUUGAACUGUCAGAAUCAGCCCUCAAAACAACUGAAUCUGAUAUUUCGAAGGAAACUGUGUCUGAGGAGACAAAGGAGAAUUCAAACGAGAAUGCCAUCGAGGAGCAGAACGAGUAUGAAAAAAAGGGCCUGAAGCCAGUCGUCGAACCGCCUUUUAUUAAAACUUUCAUCUCAUCGCUCUGCGGCUUUGGAGCCUGCAAUCCAAAGCCGAAAAUGGACUCGACGACAAACUACCCUCAGAGUGAAAUCACCACCGGCUCGAUGGAAUCGUCUGAGUCAAAGGAGACGAGUGAACCGCCCAAACAAGAAGGGACAGAAAAGUACACAGUGUACACGCCAGACGAAACGAUUCUUGGCGAGACGACUUCGGAAUCGCCCCCAUCAGAAUUCACUACUGAAUAAUUUCCACCGAUAGCUAUCUCCUCCUAAGACUGAAUUUUACUAUUUUAACGUUACCUUUUUUAAUUAGUACAAUUAAAUAAUAAACUUGUCCAAAUGUAAAUCAAUACUUUUAAAUCAAAUGGUUUAAAAAUAUAUUAUUUUCAGUAUGAUUCAGAAUGACAUGUGCCAUGUUUUAUGGUUAAUGAUUACAAAGUACAACAGUUAGAAAAUACAUAUAAACACAUAUGUUUAUUGAAUUAUUGCUUAAACAAUGAGCUGUGAGUACUGUCCUACUGACAGAUAUUAAAUUGAAAAAGUAUACAUUGACCAAAAAAUGUAUUUGUUUGAUUUUUGAUUUAAUAUCAUUUUAAUAUCUCGACAUGUGUAGUGUUUAGUUUUACUUGUAAGGCUAGGUUAGAAUAAAAAUUAACAACAUAUAUUGUAAAUUGUUAUGGACACUUCCCUUAUGGAUAAUGCAUCUAUUGGCAAAUUAAAUUAAAUUAUUAUUAAGUUAGAAAUGAGAUCAAUAUGAUUGUCUGUUGGAUACCUCAAACAAUUACAAAUUUGAUACAACUUAGAUUUCACCUAAUAGAUAAGAUAAAUGUGCAAAAUUGUACUAUUCCAGGUAUAAUAAAAUUGAGUUAAUUUUUUAAAAUAAAUGAAGACAUGUUUUAUGAAUAAUUA